GUGUGGGGGUGUGUGUGUGUGUGUGUGUGUGUGUGUGUGGGUGUGGGUGUGGGUGUGGGUGUGGGUGUGGGUGUACACAGUAUGUCACCUCAGUGUGUGAGGGCCAUAUUUUCCGUGCUGUUGAUUUUCCUGGACGAUCCGGAUGCCUCUGGUCAUUUCGGGACUCGCACCACGCCCAAGUGAGCAAGAGAGCCGCUGCGUACUGGGAGCUUAUUGCAAUUUUCCGUUCAGACAGGUCCACCAAACGCUCCCCUGCUCAUCCCAGGUCUAUGGCUCACGUCGAGGUUUUCUCAUGCAACGCCCACCUGAUCAGCCUAUUCAAAAGCUGAUCAGCAGUUUUCAUGGAUAAUAUACAAUCCCCAUAAGUAAGAAAAAAAAAUAUCAUGCAUUUAUUGUUCAUUUUCUUUUCUGCACUGUUAUUGAUUCGUUUUUGGCUGUUAUACCAGUCUGUAAUGGGACGCAAUAAACGCAACAUGAACUUAGACUUGAACGUAAAAUAUUUUUAAUGUUUUGAAUUGUGUGUGUAUGAAGUAAAAAUGUAUGGAUGCCCCCAUGCACCAAGAACAGCAUUCUCAUGAAUAUUCCCCUCCAUAAAAGGCUCACCAAUUGACUAAUUAGGCUGGUUACACCCAUGUCAUACCUAAUAUAAAGGGGGCUAUGACACAGUGAUUCGUGCGUGACGCAAAGGCUGAUUCUGGAUCAGAAUUUCAGUUGACGAACCCUGAACCAGGAGAAGGGGGUUGGCCUAUUUGGCAACCGAGCGGAGUGCGAAAGCGCCCGCCGGCGGCGCAAGUACAAGACGCGGAUCUUUAAGAGCCGCCGGCCGCUCUGCGAGCUCUCGGAGGAGGAGUGCGCGCGCGGGCUGGGCCUCCCGCGCGCCGUGGUGCGGGAGGUGUGCGCCAUGGUGGCGGCGGACGCCGAGGGCGGCCCCACGGGGUCCUGCGCCCUGCCCGUGGCCCUCAAGGUGACCGCCGCGCUGGCCUUCCUGACGUCCGGCUCCUUCCAGGACGCGGUCAGCCUGGGCGCGGGCGUCAGCCAGAGCGCGGUCAGCGCGGCCAUCCACACGGUGUGCGGCAGCCUGGUGCGCCACGCCGACGAGCACGUGGCCUUCCCCUCCUCGCCCCGGCGCCGGCUGCGCGCCCAGCAGGACUUCCGGGCCGCGUGCGGGCUGCCCCGCGUGCUGGGCGCCGUCGACUGCACCCACGUGCAGCUGCGCGCCCCCCCCACCCGCCCGCUCGCCUACGUCAACCGGAAGGGCGCGCACUCCGUCAACAUCCAGGUCACCUGCGACGCCAACCGCCUGGUGACCCACGUGUGCGCCCGGUACCCCGGGUCCACGCGCGACGCGCGGAUCCUGGCCAAUUCCGCGCUGCCCGCCGCCUUCCGGGGCCACGCGGCCGCAGACGGCUGCCUGGUGGGCGACGACGCCUACCCGCUAAAAACGUGGCUCCUGACGCCCUACGCCGCGCCCGCCACCCCCGGGCAGCGCGCCUUCAACCGCGCGCUGGGCCAGGCGCGCGCGGUCAUCGACCGGACGCUGGCGGCGCUGAAGGCCCGGUUCCGCUGCCUGGACCGCUCGUGCGGGACGCUGCAGUACAGCCCGCAGCGGGUCAGCGCGUUCUUCGUGGCGUGCUGCGUGCUGCACAACAUGGCGGCGCGCACCGGGGGCGCCCUGGACCUCCCGGAGGCCGCGCUGGAGGACUUUCGGCGGCGGGAGGCCGAGCUGCACGCGCCGUUCGCCGGCGAGGAGGACGCGGAGGCGCGGGAGCGCAGGGACCUGGAGGCCCAGCGCCUGGCCCCCUGAGUGUGUUUGCUGGCUGGGCAUCGGGGCGCAGGACAGACCGGCAGGAGCAGAGGGGCAGCCGCUGUGGGAGGAGGCUGAAACGGCACAUGAAUGCACUUAUUAUUAUUGUGUUCUUAAAUUUAUGAACUCUCCUGUAAUAAACGAUUAACCUACUGAAUUUC